CACCCCUGCCUUUCUUUGCCUUCAACUCCGCUUCACCUGGAGAAUGGUGCUUUUGAAAUAUUGCCAUAAUGGUGGUGAGAGAAACAUAUGCAGAAAGGAAGUAACGGCAAAAGGGAGCUGGAGAUGAUAUAGGGUAUUUAGUUGGACGCUAAUUUUUAUGCUAAUUUUCUUAAACCCUGAGCCCUGGUUUUCUCUGUGCUGUGUUAUUUGUAGGAAACAUGUACUCAAUCGCCACUUUCUCUCUCUUCCAAGCAGAACUGCUCGAUUCUAAAUUCCUCUUCAAUGCCAAUUGCCUCCGAUAUUCAUUCCGACAGCGAUGGGUUCAUAGCCCCACCAAACCCACGCUAACUUCAAUUCAACCUCUCGUAUUUCGCAACUCCUUCAAAUCCUCUCCUCUUUGCGCAGAGUUGGCUUGUUCCUCUUCAGCAUGCUCUAUUACUUCUUUUCCUCGCUCUGUUCGAACAAGCCUAUUCAAACUUUUGUCGGAGAAGCUUGUGUUUUUUCUUGUUGGGUCGUUUAUCUUAAUCGGGUGCUUUAACAGAAGAGUGGCUUUAGCACUGCCCUCUGUCACUUCAGGCGUAGCUCUGGAGGACGGUAGUGACGCCUUGAAAGAGAAAAGUGAGGACGAGGAAAUGUACGAGAAGAUUCUGGAGAAGGACCCGCGAAAUGUUGAGGCUCUGAAGGUGAUUUUGUUUAAGAAAAUAAGGAUGGGGAAGUCGAAGGAGGCUGUGAAGUACGUCGAGAGUUUGAUUGAUGCAGAGCCGAACGAGGUUGAGUGGCGGCUUUUGCUGGCAUUUUGUUACGAGACAAUGGGGCAAUUGAGUACGGCUAAAAGAUUGUUCAAGGAAAUCUUGGAGCAGAGGCCUCUCUUGAUCAGAGCUCUGCAUGGUUUGGCUAUUGUGAUGCACAAAAAACAUGAAGGUCCGGCUGUCUUUGAAAUGCUGAAUGAGGCUUUAGAAUCAGCAUGCCGUGAAAAAAGAGUUACAGAAGAGAGAAAUAUAAGAAUCUUAAUAGCACAAAUGCAUGUUGUGAAGGGGGAUUUGGAGGAGGGUUUAAAAAGGUUUCAAGAACUGGUUGAUGAAGAUCCUCGGGAUUUCAGGCCUUAUCUUUGUCAGGGCAUUAUAUACAGUCUGCUGGAUAAAAAGGAGGAAGCUGCACAACAGUUCGAGAUAUAUCAAGCCCUCUUGCCCGAGGAGUUUCCGCAGAGAGGAUUUCUUGAUGAUGUCGUCUUAACAGCGAAAGGAACAUCCAGAGAGCAGUUUCAGAGGGAAUUUGAAGCUCAAUAUUCUCAUAGGAAGUAGAGAUCAGCAUCCUUAUGUUCUUUGUUGAAUUUUGGUGGUCUCAAUGCAAGGAGGCAGAAGUUUGAAAAAUUGAGCAUUUCAGUCACUUCUAUGAUGUAUAGGUCACGGUUUAGCACCACAUUCAGAUAAUUUGAAGUAUGAGAGAGAGAGAGAGAGAGAGAGAGAUAGAAGGAGAGAGGUGGGCUCAUCUAUGUUCAUGCGCGUUGGAUUUGGUAUGGCUCAAGUCUCAUGAGUGAAUUCAAACGGUUUUGUCAGAUAGAAGUCUUCUUUGGCUUAUCUCUUCAUGGCUGCAUGGCUGGACUAAAACCCUGUAUUGUAACAUGUCUGAGAACAAUUCCUGUUUACCUUUUUCUGCAAUCCUAUUUUCUUAUUUUUCAAAAUUCUAUGUGCUGCAUUUUUGUCAAGUAUGGUGGUUAGGUACUGUUUCAGUCCUAUAAUUGAGAAGUAAGUGCUGGCUUAAUUCACUAACUGCUAUCAGUUUACUGUUA